UUAGAAAAUAAAAAGGCUUGACAUUUAAAUUAAUGCAUAUGUAUGAAUUAAUUUUAUUUAUGUCUGUCGUGGCAUUUUACGCAGCACGCAGUUUGCGUAGAGAUGUAGGCACAUUGACAUUUGACAUACAAGUAGCAGAAAGGAGAAAAGGAGAGAGGGAGAAGGAAUACGCGUCUCUCAUAUCUAAGUUUUCGUAAUUUAUAGUAUUAUUUUCUUAUUUAUUGUACAUAUUCAAAAUCCAUGCAUAAGCACAAUUCAGAAAAUUGUAAUUUGAUUAUUGUUAAUAAGAGAUUUUAAUUUAAGCUAAAGCGAUGUACGAGUAUUUGCACAUCGAAUCUCAUCGCAAAGUUAAGGUUAUCGUAAGAUUUUGACAAGGUAAUAUAAAAGAUUUCUCGUAUCAAUUCUGAAGCAUGUUUCAAGAUAAAAGAGAACUGUGUUUCUCAAGUAAUUCUUGAAAAUUACUUUCAUCAUUCUAAGUAAUAAAAACAAUCUGAGAGAAGAAGCAGAUUUCUUAAAUAUAGGAAAAUGAAGACACUAUUCAAAAUAUUAUAUUCGCUCUGCUGGAACAAUGCAUACCUGAUAAUGGGUAUAUGCAUGGGUCUAAGUUUUAGUCUCCUGUUGCUGCCAAUUGACGUUGACAGACAGCACGACGUAACGGAAUCUUUUGACCAUUCCUUAAACACCUUGGAAGAUAUAGAUCCUUAUGAACCAAAAAUAAACACCGAAAGUAAACCGCAACAGGUACAGAAAGUGAGGAAAGCAUUUGUACGUCCAAGAUACUAUUCCACAGAGCUCGGAAUCAGGGAAAAGUUGUUUGUGGGGAUUAUAACAAACCGCGAGCAUCUACACAAUAAAGGGGUGGCACUGAACAAAACAAUUGCUCAUAUAGUAGAUAAAAUUCGCUAUUUUAUCUCUAUACCGGAAGGGACCAAGCCGAAUGUUUCUUUUCCUGGGAUAGUAGGUUUCACCGACACAAGAAGUAUUUUGAAACCUUUCCACGCCCUGAAAUACAUUGUUGAUAACUAUUUAGAAAGCUACGAUUAUUAUUUUCUAACAAAGGACGUGAGCUACGUGAAUGCGAGGGGUCUACUAGAAUUUGUGAAUAAAAUAACUGUGAGUCAAAACGUUCACAUAGGCGUUCAAAGUGAAAUUGAUACCUAUUGUUCUCUAGAAUCCGGUAUACUUCUGAGCAAUUCUGUCAUACGAGAAAUGAAGAAUAAUCUAGACUGGUGCGUCAGGAAUGCAUAUUCGGAUUCAGACGAUGUUAAUUUUGGUCGUUGUAUUCUCCAUUCCACUUCUAUGCCUUGCAGCAGUCAUAUACAAGGACGAAAUUUUACGUUUACAUGGUUAAAACCUGCGUUUAAUUUUGAAAAGAAUUUCGUCCAUUUGACUGAGCAAAACAAAUUCCAGGAUUCACUUUCCAUAUAUCCUAUCUAUGAUCACUUGCUCAUUUAUAAACUUAACAUGUAUUUUGCCGCAAUAAAUUCCAUUAAAGUUCAUAAACAGAUUACUGAUAUACGCAAGGUAAUGUCUGCGACUGCACACCUGAGCCCUUCGAAUCAACACAAUAUAUCAUGGCCCAUUGGAAAUCAGCCUGGAAACAAACCUUUAGGACGUUUUGACGUUUUACGAUGGUCAUAUUUCAAUGUAUCUCACGUUUUCUUUGAGACAGACUUCAUUAACAUCCAGGAAUUGAAGGGCGAUACUAAAGCCGACAUAGAUUACGUGAUAAACACAGCUGUCAACAAUGUUAUAAACAAAUAUGAUAACAAAUUAAGCUUCGUCAAAUUGCUGAAUGGCUAUCUCAAAUUUGAUGCGUCAAGAGGGAUGGACUAUAUACUCGAUUUGGUAUUUAGCGAAGUGGCCACGGGCAAGGAACUAAGGAAGCGAAUCGAGAUCUGUAAGCCGCUGGGAAAAGUAGAAAUCAUACCCGUUCCGUAUGUGACUGAAAAUACAAGAAUCAACAUAAUUAUCACUAUCGAUCUGAGAAAGAAGCAAGACGCGUUAACCUUUAUCGAAUACUACGCGCAAAACUGUAUGGAAAAAAAAUGCAAGACCUAUCUCAUGGUGGUACUCUUGUAUAACUCAGGUUCACCGUCGAAAGGUAGAGGCGAUAUUUAUUACGAAGUAAAAACAUAUGUGUCAAUGCUGAAUGAGAAGUAUAAAAAGGAUCAAUCAAAAAUUACUUGGCUUUCCAUACGAUUGCCACCCAAUGCAACUUCCAUAGAUUUGGAUCCAAUGCUGAAAAUCGCUGUGACCGACUUAUGUGCGCAGAAGUUCUCAUCGGAAAGUUUAGUACUUCUCGUGGAAACAGGGACAAAGCUAAAACUGGAUUACUUAAACAGAGUUCGAAUGAACACCAUAAGUCGCUAUCAGAUAUUCAGCCCGAUUCCGUUCAUAGAAUUUCAUCCUGAUAUAAUUUACACGAAUGAAGCGGCUCAUGACGAAGUGGACGUCAACAGCAAUUACGGAAAAUAUGACGAGCAAAACUACAAUAAUAUCGCAUUUUACAUCAAAGAUUACAACGCAAUGCGACAGACAGUUGAGGCAAACAUUCCGUUAGUGCGAUCGGACAAGGACAUUGCUACUCUACUGAAACUUUCCAAGUACAGCCCUGUAACUUCUUUAUUUGAAAUGUACGUGUCGUUCAGCGAUAUACAUGUAUUUCGCGCGGUAGAACCGACGCUGAAGAUAAAAUACAAAAGUAUCAGCUGCGACGACGCUUCUAACGACAGUAUUUAUAAAAACUGCCUUAAACUAAGGAACAGUCACUUGGGUAAACGUAGUCAAUUGGCUAGACUGGUACUAGAUUAUCAGAGCUAUCAAACGUAAAAAAGUGUAGAUUUCUUUGUAAAGAUUAUAUAUUGUACAUGCAGCAUAUAUAAUCUUUACAAAAAAAUGCUAUUGUAAUGUACAUUAUUCACGGUAUGAAUAAUGAUGCUUUAUAUCUUUAUAGAGUAAACAAAAGGUAAAAGAUAUAUGUACAAUUGUGUACAAUUUAGAACAGAAAUAUUUAAUAUCUGUUAAAUAUUUUUUAUAUAGAUUUAUAUACAAAUCAAUCACAUAUGUCAUAUAUUAUAUGAGCAUUUUAUUUAUUCAUAUAUUUUAUUCUCGAAUAAAUAUUUAUAAUUGAUAUAAGAUUAGUUUACAUUUCUUUCAAAUAACAGUGUUCUAAGAUUUUCUUUUUUAUAAUUGUAAAAAAAAAAGAAUUGCACUUACUGCAGUAUUGCAAUACAAUGACGACGUGUACAUAUGUAUAAAAAUUUUAAGGGAUCUGUGUAAAUUAAUCCAUAAUCCGCAAAAAUGAUAUAUUAAUAAACAGAUACCGCAGAACAAAAA